AACGUUUUGUGCUCUUCGCUUCGCAUUCAGUUUCUUUUUCUCUUUCUUUGCGCACGGUUCAGUGGUAGGAAAAUUAGGAGGAAUCGUUCAGUAAAGUCCCGAGAUCCGUUCGCUAUUGCCCGACUCGAAUAAAAUCCAUAUACACAUAUAUCAAAUAAACAAAGGAAAGGAGUCCUCAGAGAAGAGAAUAACGUGUUAAAAGUAGCAAAAACAACUAAAAAUAAAGUGUGCACUAAGUAAAGAAAGCAGAGACCCAAGGAAAGUUGAAAGUUGAAAACCAGAAUCUCGACGAGAACAAAAUAAAAAGUUUCCAAAAACCCACACAACACACACGCACGCAGCAAAAUGAGUGUCUGUGAGAGCAAAGCCGUUGUGCAACAGCAACUGCAGCAGCACUUGCAGCAACAGGCAGCCGCAGCAGUUGUUGCGGUCGCGCAACAGCAGCAGGCUCAAGCCCAAGCUCAAGCCCAGGCUCAGGCCCAGGCUCAGGCACAGCAGCAGCAACAGGCGCCGCAGGUGGUGGUCCCCAUGACCCCGCAGCACUUGACCCCGCAGCAGCAGCAGCAGAGCACACAGAGCAUCGCCGACUAUCUGGCCCAGUUGCUCAAGGACCGCAAGCAGCUGGCCGCCUUCCCCAACGUCUUCACCCACGUCGAACGCCUGCUGGACGAAGAAAUUGCACGCGUGCGCGCCUCACUGUUCCAGAUCAAUGGGGUCAAGAAGGAGCCGCUCACUCUGCCCGAACCCGAGGGCUCUGUGGUGACGAUGAACGAGAAGGUUUAUGUGCCAGUCCGCGAGCAUCCAGAUUUCAACUUUGUCGGUCGCAUUUUGGGACCCCGUGGCAUGACCGCCAAACAAUUGGAGCAGGAGACCGGCUGCAAGAUCAUGGUCCGAGGCAAGGGUUCCAUGCGCGACAAGAAGAAGGAGGACGCCAACCGUGGCAAGCCCAACUGGGAGCAUCUGUCCGAUGACCUGCAUGUCCUGAUAACCGUCGAGGACACCGAGAACCGUGCCACAGUGAAGUUGGCCCAGGCCGUGGCCGAAGUACAGAAGUUGCUCGUGCCGCAAGCCGAAGGCGAAGAUGAGCUAAAGAAACGUCAACUCAUGGAAUUGGCGAUUAUUAAUGGCACUUAUAGGGACACAACAGCGAAAUCUGUCGCAGCUUUCUCAUGCGUUGGCUCUGCUUCUUAUCUGUAUCCCGCAGUGUGCGAUGAGGAGUGGCGCCGCCUGGUUGCCGCCUCUGAUAGCCGCCUGCUGACGUCCACCGGCCUGCCCGGCCUUGCCGCCCAGAUCCGUGCCCCCGCCGCCGCCCCGCUGGGCGCCCCAUUGAUCCUGAAUCCCCGGAUGACCGUCCCCACAACGGCGGCCAGCAUAUUGUCCGCCCAGGCCGCUCCGACAGCCGCCUUCGACCAGACCGGCCAUGGAAUGAUCUUCGCACCGUACGACUAUGCGAACUACGCCGCCCUCGCCGGCAAUCCUCUGCUCACGGAAUAUGCUGAUCAUAGCGUUGGUCGAUAUAUGCAUGCCGGCUCCGUCUUUUGAACUCCCUUUUCUCACUCUCUAUUAUUUUUCCCUUGAACAAAAACAAGAAAACCAGAAACGAUUUGUAGAGGAAAACCCCACAGAAAAUGUUUAGCUUAAAGUUAUAUAGUUACAGUCACACAAAAACUGAAACAGAAUUAUACACACACACAUAAAUGUAUAGACUGUAUAUAUUUUUAAAAUUAUAUAUUUACGUAGAGACAAAAACGUAAGAGUAAAACGGCACAACAAACAGGAAAACAGAAAUACUCAAGAAAAUACAAGCAAAGAAUUAAUCAACAAACAAUUAUUGCUCGACAAUGAAUUUGCUUUUUAUAUUGUUUAUUAGAUUUUAGGCCGCAAUGCAAUACAUUUCUGCAAUAUGCAAUAUUGGCAAAAAUAAGUGAUUUUUAGGCCCUUAAAUUGUAGUUUCUUUAAUUUUAACUGUAACCAACCUACAUAAAUAUAUGAUUUUCCACCCGAAACAUUUUUAUAUGAGUAUAUUCUAGUUGAGAACAACAACAACAGCGGCAUCCAAAGCAAGUUGUUGAUUUUCGUUUUUGGAACCCAUGAGUAUUCAAAUUAAAGAGGGCUAAACUUCAUAAUUUUUCUCUUCUGAAUAAUAAUUACCCUAUUUUAGUUUUUUGGUAUGAGGGUCGAGUUUUAAGUGCAAUCUAGUUAAGUGUCUGUUUUUUAUGUAGUUUAUAUAGUGAGUGUUGCGAAGGGGGGGACAGUAUUUAUGCACAAAUGUACCUAACGAAGAGCGAAAAGGAAACCGUUUCAAUUUUUCCAGCCAGUGCCAUUUCUCGUCAAAAGCGUAUACUUUGAACAGAAUUGCAGAAAAGCUUUUUUUUAUAUAUAUACACACAUAUAUAUUUAUAUAACUCUUAGUGGAAAGGAGCCUUGAAUCAAGUUGGUGCUUAAAUAAUAACUUCAGUUAGUUCUAAGUUUAGUCGAGGCUCAAAGGCAGCCGUCCAAGAACAAAAACCAUUAUCCAGAAUCAAUUGAACGCACGACUAGUCAGCAAGCUGGAGGAACAAAAUGCAAUAUAUGAUUCGACAGAAUGAUCAUUGCUAGAACAUCUAGCAAUGAACUGGAGACGAAUUACCUUACCUAGGCUUAGCGGCUUGAAAAUCACUUAUUUUGCAGCCAAAAUCUAAAAAUCAGAUCAAAUCUAUCGAAUACACAAGCGCAUAUAUAAACGACUCAUUCCAAAGAAGCAGAGAAUUUAAAUGUUACAAGAUGAAAGAAUACAGAAUACGAAAAACAGGUCGAUAAUUCCCCCUCAGUUGGCAAUUGGCUUCCAGCAAAGGCUGCUAGGCUGCUGCCUUCAGCUUCAGUUUGAGCAAGCGAAUGGUAGAUGUAAGAGGAUGUAUGCAAUAUCUAUUAGACCUAAGUUGUACCCUGUAGCGACGAUGUUCACAUCUAUUUAUACAUAUAACCGAUAUGCAAACCUAUGCAAACCUAUAUCUACAUGUAACGUAUCGUAUAUUUUAGUAGGCGCCAUUAAGCAGCAGCGUCGUUUGGCGACUAACCGCGAGCAUCCCUAUCAGCGAGCAACGGUCGGAGUGCCAGCCAAGCCGGCGGGUUUCAUUGAGAUACAGUAAAUACCAUGCAUAGUGAAUCGAGAAAUGCGAAGCACUAUAACUCAGAAAGUAACACUCUAAAAUCACACCAUAUCGGCGAAAGCAACUUUAUAACUUUUAAUCAAUAAUGUACGAGAAGAAAAGAAACCAUUAAGAACAGCGGAAAUCGAACGAUUGCGUUUGCCUGCCCUUUGAUUGCGUACGCCAGGCAACCGAUCACUUUAGUUCAAUUAUUUUAAAUUUUGCUAUUUAUUUUGAUACAAAUGCUGCUCAUAACUGACCAUCCGAACCCCCAAUCCACACUGUAUAUCCGAUGAAACCUGGCCGGAAUCGUUGGCCUGGCCGGGCCGCUCUGCCCUGAUCAGGGUUCUGAAAAAAGAAUUUUCAAGCGCACCGCCUCCACAGGAAACUAAACAAAUGUCCUAAACACACUACCAAUCCGCUCCCACAUCCGCCAUGAACCAUGAAUCCAUCGCCUGCCGUAGAUGAGCACGGAAUCAGAGCAGCAGCAGCAUCCCAGCCAGGCCGAAAGCAGAGCCACGUGUGUGUUGUGAAUGUGCUUAGUUGAAGCUAACAAAACAGCGUAACCAAAAGCCAGAUAUCUGAGCCACCACAUGUCACUUACACAACUACUAAAACACUGAACCCCUCCGAACUCCAAACUCUGAACCUAUUUGCCACAUGAGCAGCAGAUGCAGCACAGCAUUCAACACCAGCAGCAUCACAACAUCAACAGCAAAAGCAAAAGCAACAGCAACAGCAAACGAACAGCAGCAACAUCAGUAUGUAUUGAAUCUUGUGGCCAUUAAACUGUUACGUUUUGCCAGCAAACAAAACAAGGCAAUUAAGCAAACGAUUGAUAAGAGAAUCAAACAUAGAGCUUAGUUUAAUUAUCAUAAUCUAAAGGAAAAUACAAGUUAGUUCUUAGUGUAAAAGUUCAACGAACAAAAACAUACUUAAUGCAAGCAUAUACAUAUAUAUAUAUAUUUAAAUAUAUACAUCCAAAUGCAUAUACAAGUCUGUAUAUAAUAACCCCAAAAGCCCCUAAGCACAAAAAAUAAGGAAAAUCAUGUUAACGGAAUCUCAUCCAAGAAACUCUACUCAACCAACCAAAACUGUUUUAAUUUUUUUAAAAAUCUGCACUUUUAACUCAAAUUGCAAAGAUGAAUCUUUACACUUUUCAUUGUAAUCCUUUAAUGGAUUGUGCAAGAAGUCUAUUUAAAUCCAUAUUGUGUCGGAUAUAGACUAUCACCCUUUGAUUAAGCAUAAUCUAUUUUUGUUAAACUGACGCUAAUUCUUGUUAAUGAAGUAUUUUUUGAUUAUGUUAUUGCAUAUCUAUAUUUUAUGUAUAGAUUUCGAACCCCACUUCAAAUCGAUCGUGUGAAAAGUAAGUGGGGGCGAAACCGAAACAACAUAUUAAACACAUUUAACAGCCAUAUUUAGUUAAUGAAACAAGCUUAUAUUAUGAUAAUAGCAGCAAGCAUUCAUAAUGUACAACUAAACGCUAAACUUAAAUUAUUUUUAAUAUUUUAAAGCUAAUGUAUUAUAUGCAGAAAUAAACACAAUCUUACUUUUUUAAACGAAUAAUUCUUCUUUGAAAGCGAUUGCCACAACAAAAUUGAAUUCUUUAAUUUAAAAUAAAUAUCACGCCGCCAGUAAUGGCAAAAAUGUAUCUAUUUUAUAAUAGUGAAUGAAAUAAACGAAAUGCAGAAAAAUUAGCACGGAACAAAACUAGAAAGCGAAAGUAAAUUGCAUUUAAUUUAUGGUACAAAGCAACCAACGCAAAGUUGUUGCAAACUUUAUUUUAAAUUAAAGAAUUUGCAUUAAAUUUUGUUGACAAAAAGGAAAUCUUAUCAAUAUGUGCCUUAAACAAGUUGUAUAAAUGGCACCAAUCAAAAUGAAAAUUAAAUAUAAAACAAAAUGAAAAGUAUACAGAAACUCUGUUGAAAUUAUUCUGCGAAAUGUGAGACUUAUACUCAGAAACAAAACGAUGUUCAACCACAUGGGAGUUGACUAAUCUUUUAAUGUUAAUAAACAUAAUCAUAAUGUAUAACUUUUAUUGAUAAUGACGGCAAUCGUGCAAUCGUAGCAAACCUUGCUUAUGAUGAGUUCAGAAUUAAUUUUAACACGAUGAAAAUGUAAUCCUUUCGAUAAUUGAAUAACAGAAAGUAAACGAAUCGUCUCGUUUUACUCGCAUUGCAUUAAUCGUAUGCUGUGCCCCCAACAUCGCAUAAUAAACAUCAUUCAUUCAUUCAUUGCCAGCAUUGUAUAAUUUUAACUUCAUAAUUUGAGAAGGAAAUCAUUGAUUUUUGUGAGAUAAUCCAUAUGUUCAAAACCUAAUAAUAUACAUAUAUAAAAAACGCACA